UCGCAAUGAGCAAAGAUUUGCCAAAGGGUUUAUUGUUACUCUCCGUUGGGAGCCGAAAUUAUUUGAGAUCUCAUCAGUUCCACAGUCGAGUAACAGGACGCUGAAAUGGCUGGAGGUAAAGCAGGUAAGGACAGUGGCAAAGCCAAGGCAAAAGCUGUCUCACGUUCCCAGAGGGCUGGACUGCAGUUCCCAGUGGGCCGUAUCCACAGGCACCUGAAGACCCGCACCACCAGCCACGGCCGUGUGGGAGCCACAGCAGCAGUGUACAGCGCUGCCAUCCUCGAGUACCUCACCGCUGAGGUGCUGGAGUUGGCGGGCAAUGCCUCCAAAGAUCUGAAGGUGAAACGUAUCACACCCCGUCACUUGCAACUCGCCAUCCGCGGUGACGAGGAGUUGGACUCUCUCAUCAAGGCCACCAUUGCAGGAGGCGGUGUAAUCCCACACAUUCACAAGUCCCUGAUCGGGAAGAAGGGGCAGCAGAAGACUGCGUAGUCACCACGUUCAGCAAGACCAUGAAGGCUUGUUGAGUCUCGGACCAGACCAGGAGUUUUUGUUGUUUUUGUUUCCUUUUUGUUAUUAAUAUUAUAGCUAACAGAGCGAAUGCUAGGUUUUGUGUUAUUGUAAUAUUUCCCCUAAACUAGAGAAAAAAUGUCCUAGACAGGACACCAAAAACAACUAAAGACAUUUGUAUGUUAUUUUAGAUUGUAUGUCAGGGAAAUCAUAAUUUGUCAAAUUGUGAUGGUGGAUUUGUUUGAUUGGCUGGGGAAUCAGAAAUGUUUUAUACUGAUAAAAAUGGAAUUGUUAAACCAUUUUUUUUAUAAAAAUCUGAAGUGUUUGUGGUCUUUUUCAUGCAUAAUCUCCACUUUCUGGUGACACAAUGAGUUCCUUUUUCACUUUCCAGAUCUUAUGGAUAGAGAUAUAUACUGUUUUACAAGUCAGCCCUACUACUACUCAGGACAGCCUAAUAAACUGCUUUUGUGUGC